GGAUCACACAAACCUCAUAUAAACAUCUAUCAAUGAAAGCAAUAAUAACAGCUUCUCGUGACUUAGUUGCGGUGCAGCUAUCCUUGUAUUAAUUUACUCAUAUUCAAGUUGCCUAAUUGCUCUAUGCCAAUGUACCAUCAUCCCACAUUGCUUUGUAGGGUUUUCAGUUUUGAUGUCAGGACAGUAAGGUCCCCCCUUGCACCAUUUGGGAGAACAGGGUUACAAACAUCACAAGGAGGAGACUAGGGACAAGGCCUCUUGCAUCUGAACUGCAGACCUCAUCAGUCUGCGGUGCCUGUGGGGCCCAUGUGCCCUAUGCCCUAUGGCAGUUUGGGGAGAUGAUCCAGUGUGCCCAGCCUCAGGUCAACCCUUUCCUCUACAAUGAGUACGGCUGCUGGUGCGGCCUCGGGGGGUCCGGGCAACCCAAGGACGACAUUGACUUGUGCUGCCAGGUUCACGACCGUUGUUACGAGGCCAGCAGAAAGAUGCCAGAGUGCAUGCCCAUAAUUGACGUGCCCUACAUCAAGGUGUAUGACUUUACCUGUUCCAACCAACAGGUCAGCUGCCCAGCCUCUAAUGAUGCCUGCCAGGCUGCGGUGUGUGAAUGUGACCGUGUCGCUGCCCAUUGCUUUGCGAAGCAUGCCACUUCCUAUAACACUGACUACAAGAACCUUAAUGCCAAGGUGCACUGCGUUGACUGAGGUCUUCACAAAUGUGUUUGUGUCACACGAAAUGCUUACUGACCUAAACACAAUAAAACAAGUUUGAAUACUUUAACAAACCUGAUAUUAUUUACAAUAUUAAUCA